AUGGCCACUGUUUCUGAUACUUACAAAGAUCCCGUCUAUAUCGGCGUUAUUGGCGGCACUGGGCUAAGCGAGCUUCCUCAUUUCACUAAAGUUGCGUCUCUCGAUCUCACAACGCCAUGGGGUGAACCAUCCUCGCCGGUUUCAAUCCUGCAUCACACCUGUUCCACUACCGGCAAGGUCGUUCCAAUUGCAUUCAUCAGCCGACAUGGCCUUCACCACCAGCUUUCUCCCCAUGAAGUUCCCAGCCGUGCAAACAUUGCUGCUUUACGAUCUAUCGGAGUACGAAGUGUUGUUGCAUUCUCCGCUGUCGGUAGUUUGCAGGAAGAGAUUAAGCCCAGAGACUUCGUUGUCCCCGACCAAGUGAUUGAUCGAACUAAGGGAGUCAGGCCGUGGACAUUCUUCGAGGAUGGAAUUGUAAACCAUGUUGGAUUUGCCGACCCAUUCGAUGAGAAAAUGGCCAAGGUCGUAAGGGCUUGCGGACACAGCCUGGAGGGAGAAGGUGUCGUCCUGCACGACCGUGGUACUUUGAUAUGCAUGGAGGGCCCCCAGUUCAGCACUCGCGCAGAGAGCAACCUCUACCGCAGCUGGGGCGGCAGUGUUAUCAACAUGUCCUGCUUGCCAGAGUCCAAAUUAGCACGUGAGGCAGAAAUGGCAUAUCAGAUGAUCUGCAUGUCAACCGAUUAUGACUGCUGGCAUUGUGGCACGGAGGAUGUCACCGUGGAAAUGGUCAUGGGCAACAUGAAAGCAAACGCUGUGAAUGCCAGAAACUUCAUCAGUGCCGUCUUAGACGAGUUGACCAAGGACGAGCACGAAGACCUUGUCAAGGGAAAGCACCUUGCAGGUAGCGCGAAGUUAGGCCUCAGUACGAAACCCCAGGAGAUCAGUGCCUCAGCGCUGGCUAAGAUGGCAUGGCUAUUCCCCGGUUAUUUCUCCUAG